AUGAGAAAAAGAAAACGCAAGCCAAAUUCUACGAGCGCCCCAAGACUCCACCUGCUGAUUCAAAAAUAAAAUUGCAGACAGGCGGGAAGCUCAGCCCUACAGAGGAUUCUGGGAUGUGUAGUCUCGACGCUCCCUGUGAUUGGGGCACUUCCGCUCCAGGAAAGCGCGGAUGUAUUAAUCGCGCCGCUGGGGAAAUAGGAGAGUACAAUCCAGUGCUGUGCGUGUUUGGAGGCAUUUCGGAUACCGGAGGGCGAGAAUACGAAGCCGCUCCUUUCGUGGAUUCUGGGAAAUUCGAUUCAGGCCGUCGAUGUUGGAGUCGGCACUUUCGCCCCGGGGGGCGGGGCAGCGGCUCUUGUUCCUUUCGGGGAUGCUGGGAAAUGUAGUCCAGGAGCUCCGCGUAGUCGGAGGUAUUUCCGCCUCAGGAGAUAGCGAUUGCGGCCUUCGGUUCUCUCAGGGAGAAGCAGCAGAGAGACAAGAUCUAGAAGACUGGCUUCUUUGUGAGAGCUGGAUUCAGGUUCCGCCCCUGCCCCUUGACCUCACCAAGCCUCGGCUUCCUCAUCUGUUACAUGGGAACAACAGUCGUCAUUGUCAUCAUUUAUUGAGAACUUGGUAAAAUGCCAGUUGAGGAGAGGCAUAGAGGUGGAGGUGAUCAGACUGGAGUCACACGGCUAGUACACCCCUAGCUUCUUCACAGACUCAGCGCUUCCCCAGAAGGAGGAGGACAAAAUGACCAAGUUCAAGGAGGCGGUGACCUUCAAGGACGUGGCCGUGGUCUUCACGGAGGAGGAGCUGGGGCUGCUCGACUCUGCCCAGAAGCAGCUGUACCAGGAAGUGAUGCUGGAGAACUUCCGGAACCUGGUCUCAGUGGGGCAUCAAUCGUUCACACCAGAUGUAAUAUCCCAGUUAAAGAGAGAAGAAAAGCUUUGGAUGAUAAAGAUAGCAACCCAGAGCUGUCGCUCCUCGGGAGACAAGAAUCUAAAUGGCAUGGAGACUCUUCAAGAAGUUGGAUUAAGGUAUCUGCCACAUGAAGAACUUUUCUGCUCACAAAUCUGGCAACAGGUUACAAAGGAAUUAACCGGGUGUCAAGAUUCCAUGGGAAAUAUUCAAGGAACUGGCUCUCAGAUGGAAAAACAAGGUGGCACACUCAAUAAAGAUGAGGAGUUUGGUAAAGACUUCCACCAGACUUCACAUCUUCAAGUUCACCACAGAGACCACACUGGAGAAAAACCCUACAGAGGUGUGGAGUGUGAGAAAGGUUUCAUACGGGACUCUCACCUUCAAAUGAACCAGACAGCCCACGUAGGAGAGAAGCCCUACAAGUGUGAAAAAUGUGAAAAUGCCUUCCGUCGGCUUUCAAGUCUUCAAGCCCAUCAGAGAGUCCACAGUAGAACAAGAUUGAACAAACAUGAUAUGUCGUGUAAGGGUUUCAGUCAGAGGUCAUAUCUUCAUCAUCAUCAGAGAGUCCCCACUGGAGAGGAUCCACACAGAUUUGAGGAGUGUGGGAGGAACGUCGGGAAAAGCUCACAUUGUCAAGCUCCUCCCAUAGCCCACACGUUGGAGAAACCCUAUAAAUGUGAGGAGUGUGGACUGGGCUUCAGUCAGCGCUCCUAUCUUCACAUCCAUCAGAGAGCCCACACGGGAAAGAAACCUUAUAAAUGUGAAGAGUGUGGGAAGGGCUUCAGUUGGCGUUCACGCCUACAGGCUCAUCAGCGAAUCCACACUGGGGAGAAACCCUACAAAUGUGAGGCAUGUGGCAAGGGCUUUAGUUACAGCUCACACCUGAACAUCCAUUGUAGAAUCCACACAGGCGAGAAACCCUUUAAGUGUGAAGAGUGUGGGAAAGGCUUCAGUGUGGGUUCCCACCUUCAAGCCCACCAGAUAAGCCACACGGGAGAGAAACCAUACAAAUGUGAGGAGUGUGGCAAGGGCUUCUGUCGGGCCUCAAAUCUUCUGGACCAUCAGAGAGGCCAUAGUGGUGAGAAACCAUAUCAGUGCGAUGCAUGUGGAAAGGGCUUUAGUCGUAGCUCAGAUUUUAACAUUCAUUUUAGAGUCCAUACAGGAGAAAAACCCUAUAAGUGCGAGGAGUGUGGGAAAGGUUUCAGUCAGGCCUCAAAUCUUCUGGCCCAUCAAAGAGGCCACACUGGAGAAAAACCAUACAAAUGUGGUACAUGUGGGAAGGGCUUCAGCCGGAGUUCAGAUCUUAACGUUCAUUGUCGAAUCCACACGGGAGAGAAACCCUAUAAAUGUGAGAAGUGCGGGAAGGCCUUCAGUCAGUUCUCAAGCCUUCAAGUGCAUCAAAGAGUCCAUACCGGCGAGAAACCAUACCAGUGUGCAGAGUGUGGGAAAGGCUUCAGUGUGGGCUCACAGCUUCAGGCCCAUCAGAGGUGUCACACUGGAGAGAAACCCUACCAGUGUGAGGAGUGUGGGAAGGGCUUCUGUCGGGCCUCAAAUUUUCUGGCUCACCGUGGAGUCCACACAGGAGAGAAGCCAUACCGAUGCGAUGUGUGCGGUAAGCGCUUCAGACAGAGAUCAUACCUUCAAGCCCACCAGAGGGUCCACACUGGAGAGAAACCAUAUAAGUGUGAGGAAUGUGGUAAGGUCUUCAGUUGGAGCUCAUACCUUCAAGCCCAUCAGAGAGUCCACACUGGGGAAAAACCAUACAAAUGUGAGGAGUGUGGGAAAGGCUUCAGUUGGAGCUCAAGUCUUAUAAUUCAUCAGCGAGUCCAUGCUGGGGAUGAGGGUGACAAGGACUGUCCCUCAUCAGAGAAUACGUACAGGACUUGUGGGAACUGUAGUCCAACAGCUCCGAAGUGGCUCAAGUACUUCCGGCGGAAGAGGGUGGGAACUCGGGCUGUGUUCUCCUCUGGCUUUCUGGGAAGUGUAGUCUACAAGUUCUGUAGAGACUCGGACGCUUCCGCACAGGCGUCGCUGGGACAGGGGAAUUGUGGGAAGUGUAUCCCCAGCGCAGCCUGGGGGCGGGGUUUCAGGCCCUGCCGCUCUGGGCGGUCAGAAAGUCGUGUCUAUGGAACAUUUUCGCUGGAGGACUCGGGGAAACGUAAGGCUGACUGUCAGUGUAGGACUCUGCCUUACCACCCCGGAAGUCGGGACUUCCGGGAUUCUUUUCUCUCUGGCAUUUUGGGAACCGUAGUCAAGGAGCUUCCCGUAGUCUUCCUGGAAAGUGUGUUUUCUGUGGGCCCGUGCGUCUGUUCCGCGUCUCGCUGGCCCUUGCGAGCUUCCUGGGUCUCUGCUUGGGUCGCGCAACCACCUGGCAAUCGAUUUAAGGGAAAAGAAUCCUCGGCGGAGAACGCAGACACUCUGCCAGGUGCAGUUCUGACCUCCCAGGAUCUGUGUAACUCAGGACUGUGCCCAUCCCCAGACACAGGAGGAAACAUGACCAUGUUCAAGGAGGUGGUGACCUUCAAGGAUGUGGCUGUGACCUUCACGGAGGAAGAGCUGGGGCUGCUGGACUCCACCCAGAGGAAGCUGUACCAGGAGGUGAUGCUGGAGAACUUCUGGAACCUGGUCUCAAUAGAAGGAAAGAUCCAAAGUGAGAUGGAGACUGUUUCAGAAGCAGGACCACAUGAAGAGCUUUUCUCCUGGCAGAUCUGGCAACAUAUUGCAAGUGACUUAACCAGGUGUCAAGGCUCCAUGAUAAAAAGUUCUGAAUUCCACCAACAAGGUGACUCAUCCGGCCAGGUUGGGGCAGGAUUCUCUGAAACUCACACAGGCCAGAAACCUUAUCAGUGUAAUGAAUGUACAAAAUCUUUCAGUGAUGUCUCCAACUUUGAUCUUCAUCAACAAAUACACCCAGGAGAGAAGUCUCAUACAUGUGGUGAGUGUGGAAAAAGCUUCUGUUACAGCUCAGCACUUCGCAUUCAUCAGAGAGUUCACUCGGGAGAGAAACGCUAUAAGUGUGAUGAGUGUGGCAAGGAGUUCAGUCAGAGCUCACAGCUGCAAGCACAUCAGAAAGUCCACACCGUAGAGAAGCCAUUCAGAUGUGAGCAGUGCGGGAAAGGCUUCAGUCGUAGGUCAACACUUACUGUUCAUUGUAAGUUACACAUGGGAGAGAAACCUUAUAAUUGUGACCAAUGUGGAAGGGCCUUCAUUCAUGCUUCACAUCUUCAGGAACAUCAGAGAAUCCACACUGGGGAGAAACCGUUCAAAUGUGAUAUAUGCGGUAAGAACUUCCGCCGUAGAUCAGCCCUUAACAGUCAUUGUAUGGUCCACACUGGAGAGAAGCCAUACAAAUGUGAGGAGUGUGGGAAGUGUUUCACUUGUAGCUCAAAUCUUCAUAUCCAUCAGAGGGUCCACACGGGAGAGAAACCUUAUAAAUGUGAGGAGUGCGGUAAGUGCUUCAUUCAGCCUUCACAAUUUCAGGCCCAUCGGAGAAUCCACACGGGAGAGAAACCGUAUGUCUGUAAAGUGUGUGGUAAGGGCUUCAUUUACAGUUCAAGUUUUCAAGCCCAUCAGGGAGUCCACACAGGAGAGAAACCAUACAGAUGCAGUGAGUGUGGGAAGAACUUCAGGAUGAAAAUCCAUUAUCAAGUUCAUCUGGUCAUCCACACGGGAGAGAAACCUUAUAAAUGUGAGGUAUGUGGGAAAGGCUUCCGUCAGAGUUCAUAUCUUAAAAUCCAUCAGAAGGCGCACAGCAUAGAAAAACCUUACAAGUGUGAGGCGUGUGGGCAGGGCUUCAAUCAGAGUUCACGACUUCAGAUCCACCAGCUGAUCCAUACCGGUGAGAAACCAUACAAAUGUGAAGAGUGUGGGAAGGGAUUCAGUCGUAGAGCAGAUCUUAAAAUUCACUGCAGAAUCCACACCGGAGAGAAACCGUAUAAUUGUGAGGAGUGUGGGAAGGUUUUUAGUCAGGCGUCUCAUCUUCUGACCCAUCAGAGAGUCCACAGUGGAGAAAAACCAUUCAAAUGUGAAGAGUGUGGGAAGAGCUUCAGUCGGAGUUCACACCUUCAAGCCCAUCAAAAAGUCCACACUGGAGAAAAGCCAUACAAAUGUGAGGAGUGUGGGAAGGGCUUCAAGUGGAGCCUGAACCUCGACAUGCAUCAGAGGGUCCACACAGGAGAGAAACCAUAUAAGUGUGGGGAGUGUGGGAAGCACUUCAGUCAGGCAUCAAGUCUUCAGCUUCAUCAGAGUGUCCACACUGGAGAGAAGCCGUACAGAUGUGAUGUGUGUGGUAAAGUCUUUAGUCGGUCUUCACAGCUUCAGUAUCACAGGCGAGUUCACACAGGGGAGAAACCUUACCAGUGUGAGAUGUGUGGUAAAAGCUUCAGUUGGCGCUCCAAUCUUGUAAGUCAUCACAAAAUGCAUACUGGGGAUACAUUUUAUGAAAGCAGCGAGAGUGGUAAGAGCAUCAAGGAACUGUCAGAGGAAAGAAGUUCUACAAAAUGAUGUUUUCAAAAACAUGUGCAACGUGAAUUCUUGCAAGCAUCAGGUCUCAUAGGAGAGAAAGUAUUUUAGGUUAGUUGGUGUUGAAGCAGUAGCUAAACAGAUCCUAAUGUUCACCAGACCACACAGCAGGGACCCCUUCUGAGUGGUGCAGUAAGGGCUGCAUUCAGAACUUUGACAUUUAUCAGAUGUCACUUAGGAGAUAGCACUUAGAAAGGAAAAGAGUUUGGUCUGGCCUUUAACAAAAGUGUAAGGAUGAGCUAGUCAAAAUUGAUGUCCAUGAGAAUGUGCGCUCCAUGAGGGCAGGGACUUGGCUGCUGAAUCUACACAACGUUAACAUUGAGUAGCGCUUUUAGGUGUGCUCAGUACUUGUGUUUUUAAUAAACCAAAAGGGGGAAAUGUAUAAUAUAUGAAAGUUGUAUCCAGAGGAGGAA